CAAAUGUUCAAAAGGAAUCGGGGGAAAAAAAAAAAAACAAUGAAGAAAAAAGAAAGGAAUCAGGGCGGAACGGCGACGGUCCCCGUCUAGCUAAGGGAGAUUCCCUCUCCCAUUCUGCGCUUUAACGGAGAUUCUCUCCGGCCUGAUUCCCGCGGGCCUGUCCCUGCGAGCAAGAAGAACAUCGUUGCUUGCUUCUCUUCUAUUGAAGAAAAUCAUCGAGCAGGUGAUUUGCAGUGCGCCUCCCAGAUGGAGAAGGCAGUGGAUGUACCACGCUCCCCGUUCAAGAUCCUGAUCGCAUGUCCUUCUGGUCUUCCUCCAUCACAGGUUUCUAUAGCUUUCAGCGAGAGUUACGAUAGAAUUCCGCAUCCCGAUUCAAGCUUGGAGGAUUCUAUUUCCGAGAUUUGGAAUCAACGGCUUCAGACGAACUCAUUUUUAUUCAAUGGAAAGAAGUUCAGAUAUGGAGGAUUUACAUUCCUUAGUGAAGGAGGUAGUAUGAAUGAAGAUUCUCAUGUACGUCUCCACUUAGGUUUGACAGAUUAUAGGACUUUUGUGGGAACAAACUUAAGUCCUCUGUGGGAAAGGUUCCUUGUUCCAUCAGAAGAUGACUCAAUCUCUUGUCAACACUCCUCAAGUCCUCUGGGUAAUGGUGCUAUUGUGGAGACUUCAGAUGGGAAAAUAGUUUUGUUGCAGAGGAGUAAUAAUGUCAGUGAGUUUCCAGGUCACUUUGUAUUUCCAGGAGGUCAUCCAGAGCCGCAAGAGCUUGGAAUUGAAUCCCAUGGCGAUGUGAAAGGUUUUGCAGAUUCCAACACCAUCAACAGAAAGCUUUCGCAGGAGAUGUUUGACAGCAUUAUCCGUGAAGUUGUAGAAGAAAUUGGAGUACCGCCAGAAUCCCUUAGCGACCCAGUUUUUAUUGGUAUAUCCCGCAGAGAAUUAAAUGUCAGACCAGCUGCUUUUUUCUUUAUAAAUUGUAGUCUGGAUUCUGUCGAAAUUCAGAAAUUCUAUACCAGUGCACAAGAUGGCUACGAGUCCACUCAACUUUAUACAGUUCCAAUGCUCAAAAUUUGAAUCAAGCGGAGGGGUAAGAGUGUUGGGUUCAAGUUGGUGCCCUUGGUGAGUUAUAGCUGUUGAACAUGGAAGGCGGAGUGGUUCCCUGCUGUUGUAGGCUAGUCAAGUUUGAAGGCUACCUUUCCGACCGUUUCCAAAACUAGAAAAGGACCACAAUAUCUUUUGGUGCCUGCCUUGCUGAUCACCUAGCUGAUGAUACACUCUUAUGUCGAUAAUUUUAUGGUUAUAGUUUAAAGAAAUGGCAGCCACCUUAGCUAAAAAUCCAUGUCCCUUUGAUGUUUGCCUAUUGAAGCUUUCAUUAGUUGUUGAGCUCAAGUUAAUUGUACUCAAAGACCAUUCAAAAUGGCUUCACAGGAUAUUCUUUGGGAUAAUAUAAGGUUUAGUUCUUCCUUAUGGGUGGGCCUAUGAGGCUUUUGUAACCAUCAGUUAGGUGUUAUCUUUUGGACUGGAAGCCUUUUUUAUACAUUGGGGCUAUUGUCUUGUGA